AUGCUUGGCAGUGUCUUCGUUCUUGGCCUUGCCGCCGUCGCCUCUGCCUGGCCGAAACCUCCAGCCCCGAUUUGCAAGGAGAUCGAGAUACCAAUCACAGUCUCGACACCUCGGUUCAUCAUAAACGCCACAAUCGAAGACAAUUGGGAUGCAGCAGCACUCACCCUGAACCUCACUCGCCGCGACUCGGGCAUGAGCGCCGACCCACUGCCCAUCGCUGGCGCUACAUCCACAGUGGAGGAGAGCACUUACACGAUUGGAGCCACGCUCUGUGGCACUGGAGGGCCCAUGUUGGUGCUUACUCACGGCAUUAUUGAGUCCAAGUUAUACUGGCGACCGAAUUUUCCAAGGGCCGAAAACUACAGUCUUGUUGACGCAGCCAUUGCAGCUGGCUACUCAGUUCUUAGCUAUGAUCGCAUCGGUGUUGGAUCAUCAUCGAAGGUCAGCGCUUUCUGGGAUGCCCAAUUCCAAGUAGAAACCGCCGUCCUCAAUUCCCUUGUCGACUAUGCUCGCACGGAAGCCAAGGCCUCCAAGAUUGCCCUAGUAGGUCACAGCUACGGCGCAUAUCUUUCUGCUGCAUCCGCGAGCCAGACAAAUGUCGACGCUCUCGUUUUGACAGGCUUCAGCGGCGGAUUCGGCAACUUUGGCCCUUUUGUUGCUGGUGCCGGUUUCCGUGUUGCGCGAUUAGAGAACCCAUCACGUUGGGGCUCCAUGGAUUCCGGCUAUCUCACGUCGUCUGACCUCUAUGCUGAAGCUUAUGUCUACUUCGCCGAGCCGUAUUUUGAGCACCACGUUGCAGAGUGGACGUACGAUGUUGCCAGUGAGCCGUUUGCUGUGGGAGAGUUGCCUUCGCUGCUUGCUACCCCUCUCGACUAUGCCAAUAUUACGGCGCCGGUGUUGAUGCUCCAAGGCCAGUUUGAUGUGUCUGCGUGUGGCGGCAAUUGUGUCGGCCAACUUGAAGCCAUCAAGGCCAAUUUUACCAAUGCCAAGACUGUUCAGACUGUGGACAACCUGCCUGCAGGACACAAUCUAAACUUGCACAAAAUCGCCCCAAAAGCGUUUGAAAUGAUAUUUGACUUCUUAAAGACACAAGGCCUUUAG